UGGGAGAGGUUGCUCGAGGUCUGACCUUCGUUCACUCGAAUCGGAUGGCAACAGGUCAUGGGAUUAUCCAUUGUGCUGUGAACCCGGCGAAUAUUCUUUUGGACGACAACUUUGUGGCAAAGCUCGGUGAGGUUGACGAGACACUGCUUGCCUCUGAUGUCUCUGCUGGCACACAAACUCCAAAGCUCGGGACGAUUCUGGCAAAAGGCUCCCAAUACGUAGCACCUGAAUGCUUUAGGUCAGGGAUCUUCGACGAAAAGACGGACAUCUACGCGCUCGGGGUCACUAUGCUGGAAAUGGUGACAGGGAAAUUGUGUAAUGCAGUUGGAAUCGUCGAAGGUACAAUAGAAGACGGCGCGCUUUUCAAAGAUGUCCUUGACCAAAAUGCCGGCGAUUGGGACAUCGCUCUUGCUCGUGGAGUCGCACACUUGGGGUCGAGUUGUGCCAGCCUCGACGGACGACAAAGGCCUGAUAUGAUAGGUGAAGGCGGGGGGAUUGUUCCUUCACUGGAGGCAGUUGCUGUCAAGCUGAAAGCUGCAUAGUCAUGGAGCGAGAGGCUUAGGCUUAUUACUGCGGAUAUCGAAGUCAAGUCGCUUGCAGCAGGCGAGU